AAGCGCUGUUUCAAGCGCUGCGUGUUUACAUCAUUUGAUUUAUUCUCAUUAUUGUUAUAUUUACGGUGGAUGUUACGCUUGUGUGUCGCUGGUUUGUGCUGGACUUUUUGAGUCAUUCACAGCUUAAAAAAAACCGAGAAGAAAUGUCAGAAUAUCGUGUUUAAAUCUGACGUGUGAUCCCUUGACUGAAUGUGUGUUUUCAAAUGUUGUCCACAGUCUACUAUCCGAUAAUAUACCUGCUCUUUUUUAUAUUUUGUCAUAAAAUUAAAUCAAAGUUACAAACGGGGCAGUUGUGUGUAGUUUUAGCCGCUGUCAUUUAGAAUAAUUAUAAUAAAAUAAUGUUUUGAUUGUGUCUUUUUUGUGUUGAGAUGUUGCCGAUGACGUCACAGAUGUGCUGUAAAUCAGUGGGAACUGAUCUGUCCAUGCUGGAUAUUGAUGAUUUCAUCACAGAAAUCUGUCAGCUGAAGAAAGAGGUGAAGUUACUGGAGGAAAAGCUGAGGACAAGAGGAGAUGAACUCAACACAGAGAUUGUGGUAAAGGUCGAGUCAAACCCCACAGACGCUCAGGACACUGUGUGUGACAGUAAUCACACCUUGAAUCAGGAUGAAUCUACUGAUCAAACCUCCACAGAGUCUCUGGAUUCUGUCUGUAACGCUGGAGAACAGCAGAUCCUGAACACCAGACCACUCAACAUGUGUUCUGUCACACUGAUGGAGAUGAGAAGACAAACCACAGCAGAAGAAGAAGAACAUCACACUGAUGAAGACGAGAAUCAUCAUGAUGAUGAUUUUAUUCCUUCAGAUGAAAGCGGUGAUUCAUGUGGUGAUGGAGAAACGGCCUCUACAUCAAAACAGCGACUGACAGCACAAACUCUUUCCUGCAUCACCUGUGGAAAGACAUUCAGUUCACAGAGACGUUUAGAGACACAUGAGAGAAAACACACAGAACAGAAACUCUUCACCUGCACCAGAUGUGACAUCAGCUUUCCUACCUUACAAGAGAAGAAACUUCAUUCACAAGAGCACAGAGACAAGAAACACUAUGAGAAGAAACAGUUCCAUUGUGAGCAGUGUGGGAAGAAUUUUCUCUUCUCUUCUAGUCUAAAAAUUCACAUGCGGACACACAGUAAUGAAAAGUCUUUCCACUGCAAUCAAUGUGACAAAUGUUUCAGCCGCAAAGAAUAUCUUGUUCUUCAUCAGAGAAUUCACACGGGAGAAAAACCAUACGAGUGUCCUCACUGUGGGUGGAAAUUCAGCGAUGGAAGCAAUCUGAAGAAACACGUGCGUUUACACACCAAUGAGAAACCGUAUCAGUGCAGUGAAUGUGGAAAAACCUUCACACAGUCAAGUUCUCUAAAGUCCCACCAGAGAACUCACACCAAGGAGAAACUCUAUCAGUGUUCAAACUGUGAUAAACGUUUCAGUCAUAAAUCUAAGCUGACAUGUCAUGAGAGAGUUCACACUGGAGAGAAACCUUACCUCUGUUCUCACUGUGGAAAGAGAUUUACUGAUUCAAGUACUUUCAAAGAUCAUCUGAGAGUUCACACUGGAGAAAAACCUUAUCACUGUAAUGUUUGUGGGAAGAGAUUCAGUCGACGUUACAGCGUAAAGACACACCAGAGAACUCACACAGGUGAAAGACCUUAUAAAUGUUCUCAGUGUGACAAGACGUUUACUCAAAGAGUUCUCCUGAGAAUCCAUGAGAGAGUUCACACUGGAGAGAAACCUUAUCACUGCUCCAUCUGUGGAGAGAGAUUCACUCAGUUAGGAAAUAAUCUGAUGCUCUAUGAGAGAAUUCACUCUGGAGAGAAACCUUAUCUCUGCUCUCACUGUGGAAAGAGCUUUACUCAUCCAUCUGAUUUCAGAGUUCAUCAGAGAAUUCACACCGGAGAGAAACCUCAUCACUGUAAUGUUUGUGGGAGAAGUUUUAGCCGCCAAUAUGUUUUAGUAAAACACCAGACAAUUCACACUGGUGAAAGACUUUACAAAUGCUGUAAGUGUGACGAGACGUUUACUCAGAAUGUUCUCCUGAAACUCCAUCAGAAAGUUCACACUGGGGAGAAAUCCACAUGUCUCCCUGCAAAGAAACAUCCACGUGCUUCUGAGGUUUUCAGUUAUGUUAAGAUGUUAACGAUGACGUCACAGAUGUGCUGUAAAUCAGUGGGAACUGAUCUGUCCAUGCUGGAUAUUGAUGAUUUCAUCACAGAAAUCUGUCAGCUGAAGAAAGAGGUGAAGUUACUGGAGGAAAAGCUGAGGACAAGAGGAGAUGAACUCAACACAGAGAAGUCUAGACACACACAGGACUCCGAGCUCAGCCUCACUUUACUCUGUUAUACUGACACAAACCCCACAGACGCUCAGGACACUGUGUGUGACAGUAAUCACACCUUGAAUCAGGAUGAAUCUACUGAUCAAACCUCCACAGAGUCUCUGGAUUCUGUCUGUAACGCUGGAGAACAGCAGAUCCUGAACACCAGACCACUGAACAUGUGUUCUGUCACACUGAUGGACUGCAGGAAACUGAUAGAGAUGAAAACACAAACCACAGUAAAGGAAGAACAGACUGAUGAAGAUGAGAAUCAUGAUGAUGAUGAGGACUUUGUUCCUUUAGAACAUAACACUGAUGAAGAAGAGCAUAUUGAUGAUGAUGUUGAUCUUUUUAUUCCUUCAGAUGAGAGCAGUGAUUCAUGUGGUGAUGGAGAAACGGCCUCUACAUCAAAACAGCGACUGACAGCACAAACUCUUUCCUGCAUCACCUGUGGAAAGACAUUCAGUUCACAGAGACGUUUAGAGACACAUGAGAGAAAACACACAGAACAGAAACUCUUCACCUGCAGCAGAUGUAAGAUCAGCUUUCCUACCUUACAAGAGAAGAAACUUCAUUCACAAGAGCACAGAGACAAGAAACACUUUCCCUGUCAGCAGUGUGGGAAGAAUUGUGUCUCUGUAUCUAGUCUAAAAACUCACAUGAUGUCACACACUGAAGAAAAACCUUUCCACUGCAGUGAAUGUGACAAAUAUUUCAAAACCAAAGGAAAUCUUGUUGCUCAUCAGAUAAUUCACACGGGAGAAAAACCGCACAAGUGUCCUCACUGUGAGAAGAAAUUCACCUACAAAUCUCAUCUAAAGAAACACAUGCGUGUCCAUACCGAUGAAAGACCGUAUCAGUGCAGUGAAUGUGGAAAAACCUUUAGGCAUUUAGAAGGUCUGAAGUCACAUCAACCAACACACUCUGAGGAGAAACUCUAUCAGUGUUCACACUGUGAUAAACGCUUUCGUCAUAAACCUCAUCUGGUAACUCAUGAGAGAAUUCACACUGGAGAGAAACCUUACGUCUGCUCUCACUGUGGAAAGAGCUUUUCUGAUCCAUCUCAUUUCAGAGUUCAUCAGAGAAUUCACACUGGAGAGAGACCUCAUCACUGCAGUGUUUGUGGGAAGAGUUUCACUCAACAGGGUAACCUACUAAAGCACCAGAGAAUUCAUUCAGGUGAAAGACCUUAUAAAUGUUCUCAGUGUGACAAGACGUUUGCUUACUCAGAAGUCCUGAAAACUCAUCAGAGAGUUCACACAGGAGAGAAACCUUAUCACUGCUCCAUCUGUGGUGAGAGAUUUUCUUAUGCAGGAAGUUGUCAGACUCAUCAGAAGAAACAUGCUGAAGAACAAACUGCACUGGAAUCAUCAUAGCGUCUUACUAUACUUGUGUGUAGCAUCUAUAACCUUGCCACGAAUAUGCUUAAACUCACACAUUCACUUCUCUUUAUAUUUCUGUAGAUAUUAAGUUUCUGCUGUCUGUGAAACAUCAGGAACAUUCAGUUUAAAUCAGUCAGUGUGGGUCUUUAGCCUACAGAUCUUUAUUGUUGUCACGUAUUAAUGGAAAUGAACCCGUGUUAUGUUGUGUGUCCAAUGAUGGACGUAUAUGACACAUUUUAAUUACUUUUUCAAUAAUUGAGUGUCAUCCUCAAGUAUCACAGAUAAAAUAAAUGUCAUGUUCAUUCUUGCAGAUUUCUUGUGAAAACCAAGCACUAUAAAAGAAAUGUGAAUGUUAGCAGUAUUUGAAAUAAAUCAUUGAAGACUUUCCACUCACGGCA